AUGCCGUUGCUUGGAGUCGACGCACUGACGCAGCAUACACAAGUCAUUGCACGUUGUUUAAGUUGGAUGAACAACACUUGUCCGUUUUCAACUUUGGAGCCUGUGGAGUUUAAUGGACUUAAUUUAACCCAACAGACAGUGUGCAAGGCAGACUUAUCGGUUGCUGUGAUGCAAAUUGACUGGGAAUCGCCUGCUGGAGGUCGUGGAGCAGUAGAAAGCAUGCUUGUGAAUGGUGUCGAGAUGCUUCAGGCCCCGGUACAUCCAUCUCGAGCGUAUUUGGUAGCAAAUUAUCCGCAUUGCAAUGAUAUGUUCAAUAUUUUUUCGCCUUGGGGCAAUGGAAAUAUUGGUCCGGACGGACGAAAGUCCAUAAUUUCAGAAAUUACUAGUGACGAACUGCCGAUUUCGAUUCAAUUUGAAUGGAAAGGUCCUCAUGAAGUUCAUCCUGUGUGCUCCAUGGUUGGCGUUUCAAUUGCUGGUUACGCAGAAAUAAAUAUUUACCUUGAAGCACAAGAUAAUUCAGAUUGUCCUGGAUGGAGCAGUGCUUCAUUAACGGCUUGUUCUGGAAAUGGCAAGUGCGGCUGUGCUGCGAAUGACUAUACUCCACGAGCAUGCUCAUGCGUCGAUGGGUACGCCGCUCCUGAUUGCCAAGAUUGCGCAAGCGGCUUCUUUGGCGACUUCUGUAAACAAAAUUGCGAGCCGUGUCUUAACGACGGGCGGUGUGAUUCGGGUCUGACAGGCACAGGCAAAUGCAAUUGCUUGGAAGGGUUUGACCCGAAUACUCGAUGUGCAACUUGCUUGCCUGGUUACUUUGGCGAUAGGUGUAAACGCUGCCCAGACUGCAAUUUUCCUCAUGGUAAUUGUGAUGAUGGCGUGAUGGGAAGUGGUCGAUGUUCAUGUGCUGUAGGCUUUGAUGCUGAUAACAACUGUAUGGAAUGUAUGAGCUCUUUUUUUGGACCGACUUGCCAGCCUUGUGAUCCAUGCGAUGGUGGCGAAUGCAAUUAUGGGUUACUAGGCGAUGGGAAAUGUGUGUGCUCUGAAGGAUUUUCAUCGGAAUCGCGGUGUCUCGAGUGUCAGAAUGGCUUUUAUGGCCCAUCAUGCACACCAUGCCGCACAUGUAAUGAACACGGCCGCUGUAAUGAUACAAGCUCCGGUGAUGGAAUGUGUAUCUGUGACGAAGGAUAUACGUCUGAGAGUCGCUGUUCCCUGUGUGACGACGGAUGGGACUUUAAUCCCAUAUCCAUGUCGUGCCAGUGUGCACCGCAGCACUUUGGUACUCACUGCCGGUCGUGUCCAAUCUGUGCCCCUCACGGACAUUGCAACUCAGGAGUUGAUGGCGAUGGACGAUGCAUUUGUGACAUUGGAUGGUCCGACUCAAACAACUGUGUCGGCUGUAUGAGUGGAUAUUAUGGCGAGACUUGCGUAUCUUGUCGGAAAUGUGGUGAAGGACGCUGUGACGAUGGACUGCGGGGCUCAGGCAAUUGCAAUUGUCACCAUGGCUGGGAUUCUCGCACUGACUGCUACGACUGCGAGGAAGGUUUUUUUGGCGAAGACUGCACACCGUGUCCACAUGACUGCGGUCAUGGAAUUUGUUCUAGCGGAUUAAACGGAACUGGACAGUGCUUGUGUCACGAAGGUUGGAAACUUGAAGGAAAGCAUAUGUGUAUUACUUGCGCAGAUGGAUAUAUUGGACCAACAUGUCAGCUAUGUCCGGGAUUCUUGGAAAGUGAAAUGGCUUGCAGUGGUCAUGGUCAAUGUGUCAUGUCAGGUACUGAGGCUGUAUGCGAAUGUGAUGCACGUUAUGGUGGUGAUAGCUGUGAGUCGUACGAUUUUCCAUUCGCUAUGGUGGCAAUUCUAGGCACGAUUGCACUAUCAACACUAGGUUUUUGCAUGUGUACUAUGCGUCGUUUAGCUCGCCAGCCGCAUGUGUUGCAUGGAGCUUUCCUCGAUCGAGGACAUAGUUUUUCGCAAUCUGAGUACGUUGAGAUUUCCGACAUGGCAGAUCUUGAAUACUUUGUUUCCAAUGACAGCCGCGACUGGCUUAUCCCUUUCGAUACACUUUCUCUGCAGCGCGAGGUCGGUAACGGGACAUCCGGUCAAGUGUUUCGAAGUUUGUUGCAUAGUGGUGGAGGAAGCUCGGUUGUCGCUGUAAAACGCUUGUAUAGUCCCGUAACAGGCCAAGAAUACUUUCAAAGCUUCUUUCGACGCGAAGUUAGUAUAUUAAGUCGCUUGCAUCACCCAAAUGUCGUGCGAUUCUACGGUGUAAGCUAUUACAAUCGCGUGCUGUACAUCGUGACAGAUUUUUGCCCAAAAUCGCUCAGUGGGUUGAUCGAAAAUCCAGCGGCUAAAGGGCCUCUCGAGAAGAGAAUAUUCAUGAAAGUGAUCAGCCAAAUCGUAAGCGGUAUGGGAUUUCUACACAGCCGAAACGUGGUACAUCGCGACUUAAAGCCAGCCAACGUGCUCAUUUCAGAGACAGAUGAUGUUAAUAUUUGCGACUUUGGUCUUUCGCGGCUGAUUGAGCCCGAUGCCACGACGAUGACUGCGGAAGUUGGUACGCCAAGUUAUAUGGCUCCCGAAAUGGCCACAAUGGGCGGCAUUCAAUGCUCUACAAAGGGCGAUGUGUAUUCCUUUGCUAUAUUAUUAUACUCCACCUGGUCCCGAAGUAAGCCCUAUGGUGACCAAGGCAUGAACCCAUUUCAAUUGAUGACAGCAGUGGUAAACGGACUUCGUCCAGUAAUUCCGAUUAAUUGCCCGCCUGCACUAGCUCGCUUAAUGCGAUCAUGCUGGCAUCAGAAUCCAGAUGUCCGUCCCUCGUUUCCAGAGAUAAGCCUGAUAUUGAAGGAUCAGUCGUUGCUUUCCAUGUACUCCGAGGAAGAAGUGCAUUACUAUCCGCGUUCUCCAGCACAUGUGCAGACUGUGUCUCCAUCUUCAACAAUGUCUCCAAUUUUCGCCUUAUCUGGCCACGAUCGCGGCAUAAAGGAAAGUGUCAACUCAUUCUCAUCACCUCAUCAUGACGGCAACGGCGGAGUUGGCACUUACCAUGAAACAGAAUUAGAAGCAAAAAGUAUCUCACCUCGGGAAAACGAUUGCCUCUUAGCCGAAGAAAAGCAGCCACGAUAG